AUGAGGUGUGGUUGGCUGUUGCUUUUGUUUUUUAACUUCAGGUCUUCCUGUUCUGAAUCAAACGAAUCGUUCUUUGGGCUUCGAGCUGAGCAUGAGUAAGUUCAUCUGAUUUGUACUUUACAUUAGAGUAAAGUAUCCCUCUGGGGAGCUGAGGGAAGGAGAGGAGAAAGCUGGAGGGUGUUUCAAUAAUCUUGCUCGAAGGGUCAGAUUUACUAUGUAAAUUUUCAGGGAUUACUUCAAGAACGACUUCAUACUAUAUAAAGAAGAUGCUGAAUCUAAAUUUAUGUUUUUUGCUGAAAAUGCGGAUCAAGUGACUAAUCUGAGUUUCGUCACAUUAUCUGAGUACUGUGAUGCAAAUAGUACUAACAAAAUUGAAGCAAACUUCAUCAGCCGGAAUACUACUAGGUUCGUCGCUUCUGCUGUAAGUUGUUUUAUUGAUAAUCUGUGAGUUAUGUUGUUGAUAAGCUGUAAGUUAUAGUAUUGAUAAGCAGUAUUUUAUUGAUAAUGAUGACAUUGAGCUUUUAGUAUUGAUCAUAUUUCAUUACCAUCAUGUAUAUAAUAAAAUGGCAUUUUCAGAAACUGAGACCAUUUGAAGUACCGUACAAAGCAUGCCUGACAUUUUUGUUGGAUGAACAACCGUUGUAAGCUUUAAAAGUUUUUUUUUGAAAAAAGUUUUUGAAACUUUCAGUGUAAUAUCAGCAGAUGAGUUCCGUGUGUACCAAUACAACUACUCCCAACUAUACAUGAACUACUACUUACAAUUCACAUUAAUCGGCUGUUUAUUGUUACUUAGUGGCUAUUUCUCGGGCAUCAACAUAUCAAUCUUCUCUUUGAGUAUAUAUCAUCUCAGGGUAGGUUAAUGAUCCAAUGAUUUUAUUUUUUGCUAUAAAGUUAUACUUUAAAAAGUUUUGUCGUUUUUUACUGUGUAUACUAGUGUAUUUUGACGACAUGACUUUAGCCGUCUUAAUAUACCAGUAAAACAUGACAUCAAAUGCACUAUUUUAGUUACUAAGCUCCUGCAGUGAGCCAAAGAUGGCAGCAUACGCCAAGAACAUAUUGCCCUUGAGGAAGCAAGCUAAUUUACUGUUAUCAACCUUAGUAUUGGGCAACGUGGCAGUGAAUAACGUCUUAACUCUGCUGAUUGACAACACAAUCGAAUAUUAUGUAGAUGCUGAUAGCAAAUACAUUUUCAGCAUACCUGUUACUCUCUGCUUGAUCAUGACUUUUGGUAGGAAUUUGGUUUUUUUUUGAUUUUGAAGUUUGAAAUUACUUUUUUUUAAAUUUUGGAAAUUUCGAAAAUUUUAAAAUUAACAACUUUUUUUUUGUAAAAUACGUCACAUUCAUUCCUUGUUAAAUCGAAUUUUUAUAGGCGAAAUAAUCCCCCAGGCAAUUGGCAUAAAGUACUGUUUACAAGUGGUCAGUGGUACCAGACAUAUAACAAUCUUCUUCUUCGUCCUCUUCUUCCCAGUAGCCUGGCCCAUUUCGAAGGUUUUGGACUUGUUGGUAGGAGAAACUGGUCGAAAUAUAUACAAUUGCGAGGAGCUGAAGACACUCGUUCAGUAUCAUCAUGAUCGACAGCAAGGUAUUACCUAGUCACUUGAGUCUUAAAUUUGAGCAUUUAAAACAUAAGUUUUGUUUCAUGUUUUUAUGUUUCUAAAAGGAUUUUAAGGAAACAGGUUAAAAAGUACAAUUUUCAGACCAAUCAGUAAGCAUGAAGCUCCUCGAACUCGUGGUAGGAGCUUACAAGUUGCCAGAAAACAAAAUCAAAGACGUCAUGACACCUAUGGACAAGGUGUACAUGUUGGAUGAAAACACAUUGAUGACUGACGCGGUUUGUCGAGAAAUACAUCAACGAGGCCACACAAGAGUACCACUUUACUCUGGCAGCAGGAAUAUGGUACUUUUUAUAAAUUUAAAAUGAAAAUUUUUUUUGUGAAAUUUUAAAUUUUUUGAAAAAAUUAUAGAAAAUGGUCAAAAAGUUUAUGCACAAAUUUUUUUUGCAACCAAAAUGUCAUAAAGCGUUUUAAACUUUAUUUUUGACAUUUAUGAAAAUUUAAAAAAAAAAUUUAAUUUUUAGAUAACAUCCAUCCUGAACGUCAAAGACCUGGCGGCAUUCCUACCCAACUGCAAGAUUCGUCUAGGUUUUUUCGCUAAAAUGUUCCACAGAAACCUCCAAAUUCGAUUCGUUUUGGACGAAAUGAAUCUGAUGAAGCUGCUACGCCUGAUGAAGCGAGGCCACCCAAUGGUAUUCGUACUACAAUUCAACAGCGACCUCAAAGACUACGAAAUUGCGGGCUUGAUUACGGUGGAAGAUAUCAUAGAAGAAGUUAUCGGCGAAAUCAACGACGAGAAGGAUGCCAGAAGAAAGUCACAACAACAUAAAGUCAAAAUUGACAAAACCAGCAGCACAACCAAUGUUAAGGUCCCGGUUGCUAAGCCUUCGGCUGUUUUUGAUAAGGAUUUCAAAGAAUAA